AUGAUCGAGUUCGGAAAACCGACCAUAUACACCAAAAUACUGAUCUUUGCAAAGUUUCAGCUCAAUCUAACUUCAUUUAAGGUUGCCACAAAGCGCUCAAAGUUGGCCGCGGCACAGGAGGCGGCGCUCGCAGGUCACGGCUCCAACGGGGGCCAUCUGGGACGCAGCAGAGGCCACUACUUAGCUGAUAAGAUGGGCGGCCCCAACAGUCAGGCGGGCCAACCUCCGGCCGGAGGGGGGCCCACGUCGCUCUUCAUCCUCUCUGAGGAUAACAUCAUUCGAAAAUACACCCGCUUCAUCAUCGAGUGGCCACCGUUCGAGUACGCCGUGCUGCUGACAAUCAUCGCCAAUUGUGUGGUCCUGGCACUCGAGGAACAUUUGCCGCACGGGGACAAAACCCUGCUGGCCCAGAAGCUGGAGAAAACGGAAGCCUACUUCCUGGGCAUCUUCUGCGUCGAGGCCUCGCUGAAGAUUCUCGCCUUAGGGUUCGUCAUGCACAAACACUCCUACCUCAGGAACAUAUGGAACAUUAUGGAUUUUUUCGUCGUAGUUACGGGGUAA